GCCUGCUAAGGCACAGGCCACUGAUCUGCGGUUUGGACCUGCAGUAGACACCCUCCUGCUUGUCUCCUUCCAGGACAGACCUCCUUUUCAUCUUGAACCCUUCCUUUCUGAAGCAAUCAUGCCUGUGACAAAGAGUGUUGAGAGUGCCCCUGGAACUGUUGCCCACAAACUGGACCUCAUGUCCCCUCCAGAAAAUGCCAAGAAGCUGCAGAACAAAGAUGCCAUUUUCUUGGACAGAAGCCCUUCAGACUCGCUGUGCUCGGAGAAGACCGAAAGCAUAACAUGGUUCCAGGCUUUGGUUCACCUGGUGAAAGGCAACAUGGGCACAGGGAUCCUGGGGCUCCCCCUGGCUAUGAAGAAUGCAGGCCUCCUGUUGGGCCCCCUCAGUUUGCUGGCAAUGGGAGCCAUCGCCUGCCACUGCAUGCACAUCCUGGUCAGGUGUGCCCAGCGCUUCUGUUGCAGACUUAACAAACCCUUCAUGGACUAUGGCGAUACUGUGUUGCAUGGGCUAGAAGCCAGCCCCAGCACCUGGCUCCGGAGCCACGCCCAGUGGGGAAGGCAUAUUGUGAGCUUCUUCCUUAUAGUCACCCAGCUGGGCUUCUGCUGUGUGUACAUUGUGUUUCUGGCUGAUAAUUUAAAGCAGGUAGUGGAAGCUGUUAACGGAACAACCAACAACUGCCAUCGCAAUGAGACCAUCAUGCCGACCCCCACCAUGGACUCGCGCCUCUACAUGCUUGCCUUCCUGCCCGUCCUGGUGCUGCUGGUUCUCGUCCGGAACCUCAGGGUCCUGGCCAUCUUCUCCAUGUUGGCCAACAUCAGCAUGCUGGUCAGCCUGGUCAUCAUCGCUCAGUACAUUGCCCAGGGAAUUCCAGAGCCCAGCAGGUUGCCCCUGGUAGCAAGUUGGAAGACCUACCCUCUCUUCUUUGGAACGGCUAUUUUUUCAUUUGAAAGCAUUGGUGUGGUUCUGCCCCUGGAGAACAAGAUGAAGGACGCCCGCCGCUUCCCAGCCGCCCUGUAUCUGGGAAUGUCCAUCAUCACUGCCCUGUACGUCAGCAUCGGGGUCCUGGGCUACCUGCAGUUUGGAGAUGACAUCAAGGCCAGCAUAACCCUUAACCUGCCCAACUGCUGGUUGUACCAGUCGGUCAAUCUCCUCUACCUAGUUGGCAUCCUGUGCACCUAUGCCCUGCAGUUCUACGUUCCCGCAGAAAUCAUCAUCCCCUUCAUCCUCUCCCGGGUGUCGAUGCGCUGGGCACUGACAGUGGACUUGUCCAUCCGCCUCGCCAUGGUCUGCCUGACCUGUGUCUUGGCCAUCCUCAUCCCCUGCCUGGACCUCGUCAUCUCCCUGGUGGGCUCCGUGAGCAGCAGCGCCCUGGCCCUCAUCAUCCCGCCCCUCCUGGAGAUCCUCACCUUCUACCCAGAGGGCCUGAGCCCCCUCACCAUCGUGAAGGACACUCUGAUCAGCAUCCUGGGCUUUGUGGGCUUUGUGGUGGGCACCUACCAGGCCCUCCAUGAGCUCAUGCAGUCAAGACACUCUCUCACCUUCCCCAACUCCACCAUUUUUAUUCAGUGAGAAGAGCACCCUGCCUUAGCCAUCAAUCUCUGGAUUUUAAUGAUAUGGAUCUCUUUUCUAUGUAUUAUCUUCAUUUUGCUGCUUUACCUUUUCUCUGGACCAAGUUAUGGUGAAACAAGCAAGCACUCACCAGCUACAAGGUCUAAGUGGUUAUUAAAAAUUUGUUUUGUUUAUUCCUUUUCUUUUCAUCUCUAGAUUCCACUACUUUGAGAGCUCUCCCAUGGAAGGCUCUACAUUUUGUCCAACUUUUUGGCCAUUCAAAAGGUGAAUUUCACAUCUGGAUUGAGGCCAUAAAAGAAGAGGCCACUAGGGGGCACCCAAGUGGCAGCAACUGGUAGAGGGAGGAGCUGUCAGCUAAGGCUGGCCAGGCUUGGGUGAACAAACAGUUUCCCCUCUUCCUGAUCUGUUUAAAGUGCAAAGAUAGAGGUGGAGACACAAUCUCCAGCCCAGCAAGCUAUGCACAGCUCCAGCGUCUAGAGGUUCGAUGUGAGAUUUGACUCUCAAACAGACAGAAGUAACCACCCACAUUAAGCCAAGUGCAAUCAUCUUUCCAAACCGCUGGAUAAAGUUUAGGGCCAGCUCAAAGAUCCCAACAGUGGACAGGAGGCGUGGAAGUAGAUGUGCCUAUAGGAGCGGGGGUGCUCGGACAUUAGUCAAAUAGACCUUACCUCUGAAUUCUUGCAACAAGCAUUUCUUGAUUGCCUGCUUUGUGCCAAGCAGAGUGCAAGGCUCUUGUGGAAGAUUGCAAAAUCGACCACAGAUUUCCCUUGAUCAUGUGACUUUGCAAUUCCUCUUUUUAGGAGAUGGGGUCUCUAACUCCACUCCCUGAACCGGGGCUUGGCCUGGUAACUCGUUUGGGUCAACGAUGCAUUAGUAAAUGUGCUGCAAGCAAAGCUUUGGAAACAGCUUGUGCAUCAGCACUUGCAUCUCUUGCUGCUCCGUGGAGCUGAGACCACCAAGUGAAGAAGCCCAGGCUACCCCAUCAGAGAAGGAGAGACCAUGUGAAGCAAGAUGAGUCCUCUCCGCUGAGCCCCAUCCCAAAGAGUGACCAGCGUGCUGUCUUCCAGACUCGUGUGUCUAUCCAUGACCAUCCAACCCCAGCCAAGCUGAUUGCCCAGAUGACCCACAGAAUUGUGGGAAAUAAAAAAUUGUUGUGGUUUGGAGCCAUAAGGGGGGUGUGUGUGUGUCUGUGUGUGUGUGUGUGUG